GACGUGCUGUCAUAUGACCUACGACGGCGAAGCAGUGAAUGGAGAGGCUUACAUGCAAUAAAGGCGCACAAAUAUCGACGCUUUAUCACAGUCUUUGAGUCAUUGUGUUAUAUUGCACGACGCUGAUUGUGUCUGUUUGAAAAAUAUUGAUUUUUGUUGCGCCUCAGCUGUGAAUCACACGUGUAGAAGAAAUGGGUCUAGAUCCUGCUUCUCUACACUUAGACCAACAGUUACUUCAUUUUAUGGAUCAGCUUGAGAUUUUGGAGGAGAAAAGACAAAAACUUAACAUGCUCAUAGAAGAGGGAUGGUUUAACAUUUCCAAGGCCCGUUACUCAAUGGGGAACAAGCAGGUCUCAGCCCUGCAGUAUGCCAGUGAGAUGGAGGCACUUGUACAUGUUUAUGCCAGCUGGUCAGAAAAUGGUGAGGUGGAGUUCAAAUGUAAGCGAAUAGAUGAUGAAGCAGAAGAACUAAAAGAAAGUAAUACAGUAGAGACCAUAGGACCAACAGAGGGAGGCCUCAGAAGGCGAGUGACUGUUAAAAAGAAAGAAAAUGAGGAAGAAAAAGACAUUUCCAAAGACCAAUGUGAGAAGGAACCUCAAUUUAAUUCUAAGAGUGAGAAAUCUCCAAGUCAGCACCAAGAUCCACUGAAAUGGUUUGGGAUCCUUGUCCCACAAAACCUUAAGCAAACUCAGGCAGCUUUUAAAGAAGUCAUUACUCUAGCAGCUGAGAUCUCAACCCUGCAGAGCGCAAUUGUGAAAACGAGAUCAGAGAUGCAGACUCAGAUGAAGGAUAAACAGAAGAUUGUCUCUGAAUUGAAAGAAUAAUGCAUCACACAUGAGUGUUUGUUUAGAUUUUUCUGAACUUUAUUUAUUUCUCUGAUGUUGUACCAGUCCAUUUUAUAUACUACAAUGUGAGUGAUUCUUAACUCAGGAGUAAAUAAAAUGGUUAUAAAUGGUGUGGUUAACAAAUGCAUGUUUCCACAGCACUGAAAAAUAAUAAUAAAUCUCAAGUUCAUACAUUUUUUUUUUCAUAUUUAAUUUUGCUAAUUGUUACAUAUUAAAUGAGGGUUUCUAAAAUGUU